AUGGGGAAUCUAAUCUUUCAUCCGUUUCUGUUCAUCUACCAGGUCAUCCAAUGGGUGCUAGGCAAACUGUUGGCUCCCAGCCCCCCGCAACCAGGGGAAAAGCUUGGGAGACCCAAGAUUGCCAUCAUUGGUGCUGGACUGACCGGCGUAUCUGCAGCUUCUCACUGUGUUGGCCAUGGGUUUGACGUUGAGAUUUUCGAGGCAGGUCCAAGGGAAAACCUUGGUGGAAUAUGGAGUCGUGUGAAUAAUACUUCCGGUCUUCAAAUACACUCCAUUAUGUACCGAUUCCAUCCUUCUGUCCAGUGGAAGGGUGGAUAUCCCAACCGCCAGCAGAUUGUCAGCCAAAUCACACAGCUAUGGGAGCGAUACGGUCUAGAGGAAAAGACGAAAUUCAAUACUCGAGUUGAGAAGGUCUACCAAGAUGAGAAAGGACGUUGGAUCAUCAAUAACCCUUCUGAGGGACGGUUUGAAGGUAUUAUUGCCGCAGUCGGGACGUGCGGCGAACCAAAAAUACCAUCCAUCCCGGGGCAGCAAAACUUCAAGGGAGAGAUCUACCAUUCAUCAGCAUUGACCGGCAAGCAGGCGAAAGGAAAGAACAUAAUUGUCAUUGGAGGUGGAGCUAGCGCUGUGGAAGCUCUGGAAUUUGCAACCCACGAGGAUGCUGACAAAACAUACAUCCUUUCUCGUUCAGACAAAUGGAUCAUUCCUCGCAAUCCUCUUGUUGACAUUUUAUUGGCUUUCAAUAUAUUUGGCGGGGAGACUAUGUUCUCUUGGAUCCCUGAAACGCUGCUCCGAAAGUUCUUUUACAGAGACCUCGAGGAUCUUGCUCCCAGUGAUAAGGGUCUCUUCACUGGUACGCCUAUGGUCAACUCCGAUGUUAUGGACAAGAUUCGAACCGGCAAAGCGGAAUGGUUACGAUGUGACAUAAAGGGCUUCGUGGAGGAUGGAGUGAAAGUCAACAUAAGGGCCAAAGGUGUCCCAAAGGGCGGCCCAGGAAAAGAAAAGAUCAUCAAAGGAGAUAUGGUAGUCAUCGCCACUGGGUUUGAUCGACCUUCUCUGGAUUUCCUUCCCGAAGACUGCUUCGAAGAGCCAUAUGGCCCUCCCAACUGGUAUCUACAGACGUUUCCGCCCCAACACCCUUCGGUAUGUUGCAAUAACUGCACCUACAUCAACGCAAUCGGAACCGUAGGAAACUGGCAUAUUGGUAUUCUCACCAGAAUGCUUCUUACCUUUCUGGUGGAUAGCAGGACCCGUCCAUCUCCUUUCUGGAUGGAACGCUGGAUAGACAUGACGCGUUUUCUCAAACGCUUCAGUCCGACAGGUGCAUUUGAUUUCUUCACAUACUCGGAAUUGGUAUGGUGGUUCGUGUUUUGCAUUGUCAUCAAUCCUUUUAGAUGGAAGUGGGCUUUCUUUGUAUUCUUCGGGAUUGGAAAAAGUCUGCCCAAACAUGUUGUUGAAGCCGAGGAUCGACUGAGGGAGAAGUUAGGAUAUAAUAAUGGAGAUAACUAUGAUCUUGGGCAAAGUUUCUAG